AUGGAAUGGAAUGGAAGGUAGGCAAGUGAUGUCAUAUUGUAUUGACCAAAUUAUUAGCAUCAAACACGUACUCACCCACAGCUUCAAUCAUCAUUCUCAUUUUCCCAAUUCCAUUUUGGAUAUUCAUUUUUCUUUCAAACCCUCACCCACCUCCUCCGCCCUUCCGCCACCAAUCUCCGCCCUCGUCCCUCUGGACGCCAACGCCAAAAUCCAUUUAUCCGUCACUUACUCAUAAUCCAGCUCCUUUACCUGUAACCAAUCCCUCAAAAAAAAUUCCCAAUUCCCAACCAAUUCCUAUGCUAGGGUUUUAAAAGAACAAAAAAUGCUUGUCAAUAAUUUCGAUCACGGGAUCUCCUCGGGCUCUAAGUCGAUAAACGAGUCGGUGAAUGGGUCUCAUGAUUUCACAAUUAGAGGCUACUCCCUCGCUAAAGGGAUGGGUGCCGGUAAAUACAUAUCCAGCGAUACCUUCACCGUAGGUGGAUACGAUUGGGCGAUUUACUUUUAUCCAGAUGGAAAGAAUUUGGAGGAUAAUUCCAUGUACGUUUCGGUGUUCAUAGCUUUGGCGAGCGAUGGUACGGAUGUUAGGGCGUUGUUUGAGCUUACUUUGUUGGAUCAGAGUGGGAAAGGUAAACACAAAGUUCAUAGCCACUUUGAUCGGGCGUUGGAGAGUGGGCCUUAUACUUUGAAGUACCGAGGAAGCAUGUGGGGUUACAAGCGUUUCUUUAGAAGGGUAAGUCUGGAAACAUCAGAUUACCUAAAAGACGAUUGCCUUUCAAUGCAUUGCACAGUUGGAGUUGUGAGAAACCGAGUUGAGGGACCCAAACAUUUCACCAUUUCCAUUCCACCAUCUGACAUGGGCCAAAAUCUCAAAUUCUUAUUAGAAUCCGAAACCGGAUGUGACAUCAUUUUUCGUAUUGGUCAAGAAACUUUCAAGGCCCACAAACUAAUCCUUGCAGCCCGUUCCCCAGUCUUCAGAGCCCAAUUCUUCGGUCUCGUUGGAAACCCUAAUAUGGAUCAAGUAGAGUUAAAAGACAUCGAACCCUCAAUUUUCAAGGCUAUGCUUGUGUUUAUAUACUCGGAUACGUUUCCGGAAGCAGAAGAAAGCACAACGACAGGGUCAAUGUCGUCAAUUUACACGGCAUCAACAAACAUGAUCCAACAUCUGUUAGCUGCUGCUGAUAGAUUUGGAUUGGAUCGGUUAAAACAGUUAUGUGAAGCAAAAUUAUGUGAAGAAGUCAACACUGAAACAGUGGCAACAACUCUUUCACUUGCUGAUCAACAUCGAUGUGCUCAAUUGAAAGCCAUCUGUCUCAAAUUUGCUGCAGCAAAUUUAGGAGUGGUGAUGAGAACGGAAGGGUUUAAAUAUGUAGAAGAGACGUGCCCUUCGUUGCUAUCGGAGCUUCUGGAAACAGUGGCGGCGGCGGCGGUGGAGGAGAGGUCUGGCGGUGAGGGGUUGAGUAGGAAGAGGAGUGGCGGCGGGAGUAGCAUUAUUGGGUUGGAUUUGACGUCGGCGGCGCAGAUUGUGGCGGCGGCAGCAGCGGCGGCGGAGUCGGGGGAUGCUAAUGUCAGGCGUAUGCGUAGACGUUGGGCUCUUUUUGGGUUGUUUGGAUGA